AUGCGCCCCCAUCCAGCCUGGGCAACAGCCCUCCUUCCAGCCCUCGCGACCGCCGCCUCCCUCCAACACAUCACAACCGACUUCGGCCCCAACCCCACAAACGUCUCCUUCUACCUCUACGUCCCGGACUCUCUCAUCCCCAACGCGCCCCUCCUCGUCUUCCCGCACUGGUGCCACGGCAACGCGACAGACGCCUUCAACUACAAGCCCUGGCGGCCCCUCGCCGACACCCUCGGCUUCGUCACGAUAUACCCCUCCACGCCCCACACCGCAGACUACUGCUGGGAUGUUUCCUCGCCGCAGACGCUCUCGCACGACGCCGGCGGUGAUUCUCUGGGAAUCGUGAGUAUGGUCCGCUGGACUCUGCAGAACUACGACGUCGAUCCGGAUCGUGUAUUCGUCACCGGCGUGAGUUCUGGCGCCAUGAUGACAAACGUCCUCGUCGGGGCGUACCCGGACGUCUUUGCCGCGGGCUCGGCGUUCGCGGGCGUGCCGUUUGGGUGUUAUGCUGCGGAUGGGUUCGCCGUGUGGUCUGACGACUGCGCGAGCGGGCGGAUCACGCAUACGGGCGAGGAGUGGGCUGCCAUUGUGGAGGCUGCGUAUCCGGGGUACGCCGGCCCGAGGCCGAAGCUGCAGGUUUUGCACGGGGACGUGGAUAAUGUGCUGAAUGUGACGAAUUUCUACGAGGAGAUCAAGCUGUGGACUACGGUGCUGGGGACGGGGGCUACGCCGACGGAGGUUGUGGAGGAUGAUCCUGUUGCGGGGUGGACGAAGAGUGUGUAUGGGACGAAAGGGCUGUUUGAGGCGUUUUUGGCGCAUGGGAUUGAUCAUAAUAUUCCUGAUCAGGCGGAUGAGGUUGUUAGGUUCUUUGAUUUAAAUUGUGUUGGGGAGAACUGCUUCUCGCGCAAGUCGUUGCCUGUGCCGGGGACUUGUGCUAAGAGACGGCGCUCAUCAAAGGCUUACUAG